AUGAUAUAUAUUUUCAGGGCCUCUCUCUAUCUCUCUCUCUCUCUCUCUCUCUCUCUUCCCCUCUUCUCUUCACCUAUGGUGGAUCUCUCUCAUCACCCAUAAUCUUCUUCUUCAAGGUGUUGUAGUACAGAGAAAGAGAUGGGUGUUAUGUUCACCAUCCAUAAUCUUCUUCAACAUCAGUUUACUGCCUUAACAACUCUGCGACUGUCCACCAUCAUUGAAAAGGAAGAUCAGCAAACAGCAAAAAUCCAAUGUAGCAUCGACACCCACCCUCACUCUUCGCUACCGACGCUGAAUUCCCCAAAUCAGAGGUUAUGGCAUAAACAAGAUCAAUUGCUGGUUAAAGCCAAACAAAAACAAGAGAACUGCUGAUCUCUCCACUCAUGUAUCUGAACCUUGCAAGAAAAACUUGUUUUUGCAAAGUUUAUUCAAAGAGGAGCAGGAGAAAUCAUAUAUGACAAAUGGUAACAACAACGGGAAGCAUGCUUUUCAUAGUGACAUUCAAGACAAGGAUAUAGUUGAAGCUCUAGAAAAUGAGGUUAAAUAUUGGACAGACUUUUCAAAAGUUCACUAUCAUCCCCAGAGUCUAUACGAAUAUAAUGGUUUUCGUAUGAUUCUCUAUUUUGUAUAGAAUUGUUAUUUUAGAUUGGAAUAUAUUUAGUUUGUAUGAAAUUUGACAUUAAAAGUUAUUCCUUUUUGGAUGGUUGGAAGUGAAAUGGAUGUAAAUUACGAAAUGAUUGAUAAUAUUUAUUGUUUUGUUUAUAUAUAUGGUAUAGGUUGCACGGAAUACGUACAGGUUAUGG